UCUCAUUUCAUUCAUCACAGCCACAACCCCGAUCUAGACCCAACAUGGCACAUGAAGGAACGACGCCAAAGCAGAAGGUCCCCGCACAAUUGCCGGGCCUGCCUGGCCUUCAGAAAGGCACGACGCUCGACUUGUUUGACACCUCGCUAGACACGGGCUCCAGACGAAAAGGGUACGUCGGCAUAGGCAAGCGGUGUGGCAAGAAAGUUGCCAGGCUGAUCACAGUUGGUAUUGGGCAUGCAGAUGCGAUCCUCUUUGCGCGCCAAGACGGUGACGUGACCAUCGUGCACCUGCCCGCGGAGCAGAAGGACGCGGAGGAUGCCUGCGCGCAUCGCGGACGGCCUCGAGGGCUUCCGGGCACGCACGCGACGGUUGACGCGGACCUGCGCGUGUCCGGGCGGCUUGACGUGCUCGUGAACAACACGCCCAAGCAGGUGAUCACCAAGGACCUCGCUGAGAAUAAUCUCAACACGGUCGACAGCACAUUCCAGAGCAACAUCAUCAAGAUGUUCGCCCUCGCGAAGACCAUGAGCCCCGUGCACACGCCCCUGCAGCCUGCGCCGCGGUCGGUAGACAAGAUGGAGGGGUUCGGCGACGAUCGCGCCGACAUCUUCGUGGCGUCCGCGGAGGCAGAACUGCACUCCGGCCAGAUCAUGCACCCAUACCCACUUGGGGAUUAG